GGCGCUCAUGGAGAGGGAGAGAGGGACGAUAGGGCGAGACGCAAGUGAAGGCACUCGAGGCAAACCGAGCUGGUUUUAGCGACCGACACGGGGUGUAAUUGUCCUCGUCGGAUGUCUAUCUGACGGUGUAAAUAGUAUAAGACAUAGCUAGUCAUUCGUGAAACUAGAAUCAUUUCAAUACAAAGGGAGAGCAGAUAAGAUAUGUGCAAGACUAUCCCGGAAAUCGUAUCUACACGCAGCCGGUCACGUACUGUAGGCUUGUUCCCUGUCACAGAGACAUAUUCAAAUCCACAAAACGAGAAGAAAACAAAAAGGAGCAAAGGUGUGUCUUUUUAAAGAGAGGCAUAGCUUGACAGAAAGACCAAGAGAAGUCUUUUUAAUAUGAAACUUUCUCGUACUGUAGCGCCACUCUCCUCUCGUUGCGCUGCCAGUCGUGCUGCACUCUCGCAUUUCAAAAGAGGAUUUAGCAGAAAAUGGGGAGAGGACGUGAGCUACGUGCGCAUCUAACACUGGACGAGAUGAAAUGGAGAGCUUUGAAUAUACGGACCUUAUGAACAAAAGCUCUUCGCACGGAUCAGAGAGCCGCUGUUCGUCGCAGCAGAGAAACGGUGACAGAGACCUCCUUGUCCGCGGUGCUGAUGCGCAGCUCCGACAGAGCAUGGGAUUGAAUGCGCCGGGGGGAACCGCCACGGCGGCGGAGCUGCUUGUCGACCUGGCCUCUAAAACGACCGGCCCUGGAUUAGCAGUUAUUAAGAAACAGGUGAAGACGGGUCUACCACUUUACCACAGCGGUAUCGUCUCCCCUGCCGCGACCGCCAAAGGCAGCUGCCAUGGUGGUUUGGCGCAGACGCCUAACGGCUUUGUGAACGGAGUGACGGAGAUGCCGAGUGGCCUCACACAACCCCUGAGCAGCGCGCGGGAGAAUGGGGACAGUCUCCUGCGCGACUCGUUUGAGCCCUUGACGAAGAGAGGCAAGGCAGAGCUGUGUUUCAGGCAGACGCAGAGCCAGCGACGGAGAGGCAGGGAGAGCGAGGACUCGGAUCUGCUGGCGGCGGUGGGGUCGGGGACCGUCAACGGGGCGCUGCACAGACCCGGGGAGCCGCCGCUCCUGGACUGCAAGCGGCGACGGGUGGAGGAGGACCAGCGCCGAGCGAAGGAGCCGCCGUCCCUGUCCGCCGUCGUCGACGACAACGGAUACCUCGGCGGCCUGCCGCCCGACAGCCACAGGCUUUACCACGGCGACCAAAAAGCGGGCGACUUAAGGCCCCCGCCGGACCUCGCCCCGCCGGGACAGAAGACGCGCCCGUCGCCGGCGGAGGCCCCGCCCAUCCCGCCGGCGACGGCCGACUGGUCGGCGGAGCUCUUCGCCCAGCAGUACAUCGUGCCCUGCAUGAAGUACUACGGCAUCUGCCUGAAGGACGGCUUCCUGGGCCCGCGUCUCGGGGAGCGCGUGCUGGGCGAGGUGGAGACGCUCAACCAGAGCGGCAAGUUCCGCGACGGCCAGCUGGUCAGCCAGAGCAUCCCGUCGCAGAACAUCCGCGGCGACCGCAUCGCCUGGGUGGAGGGCCGGGAGCCGGGCUGCGAGGGCAUCGCCACGCUGAUGGCGCACAUCGACGAGGCCGUCAUGUACAGCAGCAUGAACGGCCACCUGGGAGACUGCGUCAUCAACGGCCGCACCAAGGCCAUGGUUGCGUGUUACCCUGGCAACGGGACGGGCUACGUGCGGCAUGUGGACAACCCCAACGGCGACGGGCGCUGCAUCACCUGCAUCUACUACCUGAACAAGAACUGGGACGUGAAGGUUCACGGAGGCCUGCUCCAGAUAUACCCAGAGGGGCGAAACGUUGUGGCCAACAUCGAGCCCCUCUUCGACCGCCUGCUGAUCUUCUGGUCAGACCGGCGGAACCCCCACGAGGUGAAGCCUGCCUUCGCCACACGCUAUGCUAUCACAGUCUGGUACUUUGACGCCAAGGAGCGGGCUGAAGCCAAAGAGAAGUACCGAUUGGCAACCGGACAGAAAGGCGUUCAAGUGCCUGUCACUCAAAGCGGCAAGUGUUAGACUGGCUGGUGUGUUUUUUGAAACGUGUAUGUGCCUACCUGCGCUGCUAUUGGAUAAAGUAUUAAGGAGAGACACGCAAAGGCCAGCCUUCUCCAUCCCACACGCUCUCAAUGCAUUGAAGCCCCACCUCCCCCUCCAAGUGAUUGGGUCAUAGAGGCGGGAUCUCCGAUGCCCCCACCCCCCUACAUUGGCGGGAACAGAAGGCUCCGCCCACAUUAGCGAGGUCGAACCCUCAGAACAUGCUGAUUGGACAUGCCUGAUGCUGCGAGGGGGGUUGAUGACUGCAGUGGCUGGCUUGGGGGGGGGGGUUGUGGUCGUACCCCUCCAUUGUCCUCGAGAAGGACUCAAACGUCCUCCCCCUGGUUGGCAACCCGCUCCUAUAUUUACUAGACUCCUGCAUCCAGGAGCUGUCCGCCCAGCGUACACGCGCUCCAACACGGACGUGGAGAAGGGGCUGGAGCGUGCCUCCCGGGGGGCUCUCUCGGGUUUUCGCCCCAGUCUGCCAGAAGGGGGCAUCAUCACAGCGCGACACACACCAGCCCGCCGUCAGGAGUGACAUCCCGUUCCGGCCAAGUCCAAGAGGAAGUGGACUUUGCUUCUGACCGCUGCAUCUCCGCCUCUGAUUGGACGUUCUGCCGGGGGCCACUCCCUCCGGCGCGAACGCUGCGAGCUGGCGGCAGCUUCCGGAAACACGGGAACGAGGGAACAGGGAUACGCCACGCGACAAGAAGUGCUUUUCAAAAUGUUCCUUUCGGAGUUAUUUCCUUGCACUGCAAUGCUUGAGCUAGGGCACUAAACCGUGCAUUCUCCACAGACACGGACGUGUUGCUUUCAGACGUACUGCUGUUUACUCGCGCCCAGGAACACAGAUACUCGCGCUUACAGACUGCAGAUUAAGUGGUGCCACUGUGUGUGUGUGUGUGUGUGUGUGUGUGGAUGGGUGGGUGUGUGUCUCUGAAGAUGUGUGAGAUAGAGUGCGAGAGGUCUCUGAAGUCCGCUAGCUUUGCUUUCUCUGCUCAAACACUAUAUGGCCUUCUUGUAAAGGAAACUGAGGCUGCAGAGCUCAAAGCCCACUGCUUGUUUCGCAUCAGGUUUUGGCCUGAUUUUCAGCAAACCAGCCCUCUUCUGCCCACUCAGAUUCCCACUCGGUAACCAGGGUCAAAAGGUUCUCUCUACCAGCACCUGGAGCUAGCGCACACACAUGUACCUGUUCUCCAGUCCUCUUGUGGGUCCCAACUGCUCAUACGCAUUUAAGCCUUUGCAGAGUGGUUUUUUGGAAUGUUUUCUGUCAAAAUUCUAAGUCAGUAUUCUGGAACUCUAUGGCUUUCAGUUACCAGUAGUGAUUGUUACAUCACCAGUUAAGAACAUUCUAAUCACAAAUUUGUGAUGUCACACCUUCUAAGCUUUUUAAGCCUAUCUCAUAAUAACUGAUGCCCCUUAGAAGCCCCAAAGUAAGAUUUGGGUCUUGAGCAUUCACGCGUGGUGGCAGAGGAGGGUCAGUGUGUUCUUGCACAGAAGUCAUUUCCCUCUUGUUCUUUCAGUCACACAAAUUACAGAGACAUGCAAAAGCCGGACAGGGACCUGUAUGAGAACUUACCUGUAAUUUAUGGUCUAUUUUCUUGGCCGACUCUUCUGUCCAGAUUGUCCUGGGGAAAAUCAAAAGAGCUCAAAGGCUAUAUGCUGUAUGCGCACUGUACAGCUGAAUAUUUACCUUCACAGACCAGGCCACGCACAUCGCUCCAUGGGUAUAAUGGCACAUGUGGGAAACGAUGGCUAAUCUGUGGGUUAGAGCUCCCAGCUCUGUGAGAAACUGCUCCCUGUCACCCGGCCUCCGGCCUACCACAGCACACUACAGCACAGGCAGGGCGAGUAUGCCUGAGACAUCGCGCCCGAGACACCUGUAAAUGGAUACACACAGUCCAGUCGCUCGAUAUUCAGGCCUUGAGUCUACUGUGACGGAUCGCGAAAUAUCGCUUUACCUGUGGGCACUCGCACGGGCGUCACGGCGACGGGAGGCUACGGUGUGGAGCCGGGUGACGCACGGGGAAGGGGACCCGUCUUAACUGGCAGUGUCGGUCACGGCCGUUACAGACGACCGGAGCCUGAAGGCCAGCUUCGUAGUCCAGCGACGCUCGGCUCAAAUCGCACAACGCUCACCAGCGGUCUGUUGGCGCCUGCCGUAGGCUGUGGUGGCAAAAGGCAGAGACGCACUCCAGUCACCCAGAGUGUGAGCCAAUAGCGCGUAAACUGGAUUAUAAACUGGCCUUUAAAGGCAUGAAAAGGCAGUACGCAGCCGUGCUCUGGGUCAGCUUUCCCUAAAAUAGUCUCUGAGCUCGAUGCGUGAGCCUAUGUUAUUCUCAUAAGUACACGUACUCCCCUUCUCUAAAGCACAUGGGAUUUCAGCAGCAGGGCCUGAUCGGGUCCUUCAGGCAGGUGUCUACAAUACAUAGGCCUCGGCCACCAUUUUGGGGGUCAAGAACAGAGCAAUAUGAGCAAGGGCCAGGAGAAGGAGCCAAACACGGACAGAGCAGCAGAAUACAGUAACUAGAGAGAGGGGCAGUCUACAGUAACUAGAGAGAGGGAGCAGACUACAGUAACUAGAGAGAGGGAAAGGUCUACAGUAACUAGAGAGGGGGAACAGAAUACAGUAACUAGAGAGGGAGCGGUCUACAGUAACUAGAGAGAGGGAAAGGUCUACAGUAACUAGAGAGGGGGAACAGAAUACAGUAACUAGAGGGAGGGAAAGGUCUACAGUAACUAGAGCGGGAGAACAGAAUACAGUAACUAGAGAGGGAAAGGUCUACAGUAACUAGAGAGGGGGAACAGAAUACAGUAACUAGAGGGAGGGAAAGGUCUACAGUAACUAGAGCGGGAGAACAGAAUACAGUAACUAGAGGGAGGGAAAGGUCUACAGUAACUAGAGAGAGGGAAAGGUCUGCAGUAACUAGAGAGAGGGAAAGGUCUGCAGUAACUAGAGAGAGGGAAAGGUCUGCAGUAACUAGAGAGAGGGGGCGGUCUACAGUAACUAGAGAGGGAGCAGUCUUCACACUGGAGGAGCUCUGUAAGGUGUUCCCGGGAGGGGAGGGGGUGUUGGGAGGGCUGUGCGUGCUACAGUUAAAAAAUAAGUAUAAAAGAAAAAAAAAUGCACUUUAUUUUCAGAAGUGAGAUAAAGAAAAAUAAAAAAAUGCUUUAUAAAGCUGGAUGUUAUUCAAAUGCAAUAGAAAUUUGAAAGGAUGGAAAACAACAAAAAAAAAAGUUCGCUUAAUUUUUCUGAAUUUUGCAGUAUUUAAUUAAAGAUUUGUGUUUGUUUUUACAUCACAUGCUGGAAUCCCA